UCAUUUCUCAGGCCUUUUUCCGAAGUUUUUAUCCUUUCCCCCCUUCUCUCUCAUCAAGCAAUCCCUCUCUCUCUCUCUCUCUUUCUCUGCAUAAAUCCCAUCAGACUCGGUCAGACUCUCUUUCUACGACUCUUGUUCCGCUACGAGCGCCCGUUGUAUCGCUUUUCCCUUUCUGGGCACUGAAAAUUCUUCGGUUUUGCAAAUUGGGCCCCUUUGAUCUUCUUCACUCUCUUUAGAUUUCGGUUUCUUGCUUUCUUUUCUUUCAUGCCGACUUCUAUAAAGAAAAAUUGCUUGCCUCCCAAUCUCGUCUCCAAUCUGCAAGAGGUUUUGCUAAGCAGGAAAGCUGGUGGCGACGAUGGAGGUGAGAGUUCAAAAUCGGAGGAAUCUCAAGAUUCUUCUUCUUCCAUUGCUGAUGGGACCAGUUCAGCGGAGGUCAAUCCAGAGAAUGACAGUUCGAAGCCCGUCGUUCUUGUGACGAACGGGGAAGGAAUUGAGGCGCCCGGACUCAUCGUCCUGGUUGAUGCGCUGGUCCGCGGGGGGCAAUGUAGCGUUCACGUCUGCGCGCCCCAAUCGGAUAAAUCCGUUUCGGGGCACUCAGUGACGCUCUGCGAGACACUUGCUGUGAGCUCUGCAGAAAUCAAUGGUGCUACUGCGUUUGAAGUUUCUGGAACUCCAGCGGACUGUGUAUCUUUAGCUUUGUCUGGGGCAUUAUUUUCUUGGUCGAAGCCUGCAUUGGUAAUCAGUGGGAUUAACAAGGGAUCCAGUUGUGGCCACCAAAUUUUCUACUCAGGCGCUGUUGCCGGAGCCAGAGAGGCUUUGAUCUGUGGCGUACCUUCUCUAUCAAUUUCAUUGAACUGGAAGAAGGAUGAAAGCCGUGAAAGUGAUUUCAAGGAUGCUGUUGAUGUUUGUCUGCCAUUAAUUCAUGCAGCCAUAAGGGAUAUUGAGAAGGGUCUUUUCCCCAAAAGUUGCUCUCUGAAUAUAGAAGUUCCUACUUGUCCAUCUACAAACAAGGGCUUCAAAAUCACCAGGCGGAGUCUGUGGAGGUCCGUUCCAAGCUGGAAAGCUGUGUCGGCAAACAGGCACCCAACUGCUGGGCAUUUCAUGUCCAAUCAGCAAAGCCUUGGUAUCCAACUUGCACAACUCAGCAGAGACGCAUCUGCAGCUGGUGCAGCACGCCGCCUGCAGACACAAAGGAAGAAUGUGGAAAUAGAAUCUGUUUCAGAAGCAGGAAAACAUGAUCCUCAAAGAGGAACAGUGAAAAAGUACUUCCGUGCAGAGUUUGUGGAGAAGGAACAAGAAGACACCGAUGAGGAUCUUGAUUUCAGGGCACUUGAAAACGGAUUCGUUGCAGUAACUCCAAUAUGUUUACCUUUGCACAGUGAGUCAGAAAUGCAAAUGUCUGCAUCAGACUGGCUCUCUGCUUCUCUUACUGGAGGAAAUGAAUAAGCUUCUGCAGGUCGACAUGAUCGGUGAAUUGUAUACAACAUUAGGAGGUGGGUCCCUUUUAUUUCUGAUCCAAAACACAUAUGAACUCCGAUCUGUGCUGUUUGUUUGUUUCUUCCGUCCCUCAACGUUUGUUCCCUUUUUUUCUUCUCUAUUACUUGUAUUCUAAGAAGCGCAUGUAUCACCUAUGGAAGGAACUCUCAGCAAUGCUGUAAAAUGUGUCAUUGUUCUGCAUGUGUUUUGGUCCAUCCACCUGUGGUUUUAGAUUGCAAAACAAAUUGGAUUUUCUCUCUUCUUUUUCAGUUAUUCCGUUCUUCAUUUUUCUCUCUUUUUUUUUGGAGGGUUGGUGGUGUCUUUUGUAGGAGUUGAUUUGUAUGUAUGUAACUGAAUAUAGCAGUCGGUAAUGAUUCGUUCCUGUGAAGUUUCAUGUU